AAAUCAGGACGGAGUUUCAAACGACUUAUUUAACGCCCAUUAAUCCAAUCUCGGUUACGUUGCCCAUUUCUUCCAUUCAAUUUCUUUCUCUUUUUCUAAAAAGAAAAGUCUUGCACCUAGGGUUUUUCUCAAUCGUUUGAAUUAAGUUGAGUAGUAAAUGGAUUGGACUAAUGUAACAACGGGGGAUCUGAUCGAGGCAUUACGAGAAGUGGACUGGUCAUCGCCGCCGCGGCCGAUCGCCGAAUUCUUUUCCCGAUUUACCAUCCCUCGUUCCUACUCCAAAUGGAACAGCCGCCUCAAGUGUAAUCUAUACUACUAUAGGACCAAUUAUUUCAUAAUGAUUGUGUUUAUUCUUGUUUCAGGGGUGGGAUUUAUCAGGAAGCCACUUUCUAUUGUUGCUGCCAUAUUGACAGCUCUAAGCAUAGCUUUUCUGAAUGAUAGUUUUGCAGGUACUGUCGGUGAAAAGGUCACAAGAACUGUCAGGCAGUUUUCUCCGCAUUUAGCUGCCAAAAUGAGGCCUCCCCUUAUGCCUGUUAUUCGAGGGCGUCCAUCUUCGAAAAGAACAGUGCAUAUUUGUGGACGGCCUCGUUGGGUAUUUGUCUUGCUAUUUUCGGCAGUGAGUUUCAUUCUCUGGUUUGUCUCUUGUGGACUUCUCAGUGUCUUAUGGGCAUUUGCUAUUGGCCUCCUUGUCACCCUCAUUCAUGCAAGCUUUAGGACACCUAACUUGAAAGCUCGCCUGAACACAUUCCGUGAGGAAUUCCGUGCAGUUUGGCGCAAUUAUAGUGAUCUAUAGCUUGUCUACUAGUGGGAUUCAAAACACAUUCUUUUCUUGUCUAUGUAGGGGCUUCAUCUUUGGGGCUAAGAUAAUGAAUCGUGUAUGACAAAAUCUUGUGCAUGGGCUACAUAAUAAUGUUUUUCAUCCACGGCUGCUCAAUUUUCAAGAAACAGGCUACUGUUGUUUGCAUAUUCACUAGCAGGUUGUAGAUUUCUUGAAUUAUUGUUUAAGGUAAUGGACUCUUGCCAGUCAUAAUGAAGAACGAAAAUCUGUUGGAAUUUGUAUAGUAGUUAAUAGAUUUCUUACAAAGAAUGUGGGAGAUUUUAUGGUUGUGUAAAAUCUUCUUCACAAAACUGUGGAUGGUUUCGAUUUUACACACUUGCAUCAUUUUCCGUUUGCUAUGAAUAAUGGAUGAUUUUUUUUUUUU